AUGCUACAAAUGAUGUUGCUGGUGAUGGAUUUGGAUGAGCCUCUCAUUCUAAUUCACGAGAAGAGAAUUUCAAGCUUAAAUGCCGUCGUUAAAGUUCUAGAGCUGGCAUUGAAGAGGCAGAGACCUCUUUUGAUAGUUGCUGAAGAUGUGGAAAGUGAAGCACUUGCAACUCUGAUCCUUUACAAGCUUCGGGCUGGAAUCAAGGUUUUUGCAAUAAAAGCUCCUGGGUUUGGUGAAAAUAGGAAGGCUAGUUUACAGGAUCUUGCCGUUUUAACAAGAGGUCAGGUCGUAACAGAAGAGCUUGGAAUGAACUUGCAUGAUGUUGAGUUGGAUAUGCUGGGCUCGUGUAAAAAGGUAAGCUGCACUGUUAACUUGUCGCAAUAUCUAAGGAUGACUACUACAGAAGCCAUCGUCGUUGAGCAACCAAAGGAUGAGAAGCCGGCACCUGUAAUUGGUGGUGGCAUGGGUGAAAUGUACUAUUGA